AUGUCGAACCAACCAGCUCCUCAGCUCAACAUCGACCGUUACGUCGUGAUCCAUGUGGCUACCACUUGCGAUGAGCAUGGUGUCUACGUGACAAAAGACUCGGCCGAGGUCAUUGAGCUCGGAUGGAUCCUUCUUGAUGCCAAGUCACUCGAAGAGGUUGCCCGUGACAGUGUUCUUGUUAAGCCCAUCAACACCCCGAUUACUCCCCUUUGCACGAGCCUAACAACCCUGACCUGGGAACAUGUACGAAAUGCCGGAACGUUCAGGGAUGCGAUUAACCGCUUCGAUGCGUUUGCCAACGAACACCUUACGUCCCAGAACCUCGACUUUGUUUUCGUCACCCUCGACUCUUGGGAUCUUCGCGUUCAGCUUCCCCGCGAGGCCAGAGACAAGGCCGUUGUUCUGCCUCCCUAUCUCCAGCACUCCCGUACUUUUGACCUCCGAACCGAAUAUCAGCGAUGGCAACAGCACCACCCCGAGUCUCUUCCCUUUGGGCCCUCGAUGCUUAGCAACAUCUGUGCCGCCCUCGAGGUUGAGCCCGUCCAGUCGAGCGCUCCGAUCAAGCAUAACCUGCCUUUUCACUUGCAGGCGCUCGCCCCAGCUUCCCCGCGUCGAGCAAUGGAGGAGGCAAUCACCCUUGCCCGUGUUCUCCGUGGCUUGAUUCGCAAGUCACAGCCUCCUCAUGAACACCCUGAUGUGCUCACUCGCCCCAUGGAUGCUAGAGCCGACGUGAGGGCCUUCCUUUCCGAGCGCAGCAAGGUGCUGCACAUGUCCGGCCUCCCCCAUGACACCACUCAAUCGGAGUUGGAGAGCUGGUUCACCCAGUUCGGUGGACGACCCAUUGCCUUUUGGACUUUGCGUACUCCAGAGCAGCACAAGCCAACUGGAACCGGCUUCGCCGUCUUUUCGUCUCACGAAGAGGCUGCCGAGAGCUUGUGUAUGAACGGUCGGGCGCUCAACGAGAAGGCUAUUGAGGUCUCCCCCUCGUCUAGCCGUGUUCUGGACCGUGCCGCCGAAAUUCUCACCCCGUUCCCUCCCAGCAAGAACCGACCCCGACCCGGCGACUGGACCUGCCCGUCUUGCGGCUUCUCCAACUUCCAGCGUCGUACCGCCUGCUUCCGAUGCUCUUUCCCCGCCGGUCCUUCCGGUGAUGUCGGCUACGGAUACGGCUAUGGCCCGCCGGCCAUGAUGCCUCCCCCGCAGCACAUGGGACACCACGGUCCCAUGGGCCAUGGCCACGGUGGUGGUCGUAUGGGAGGCAGCGGUGUCGUUCCCUUCCGUGCUGGUGACUGGAAGUGCGGCAACGAGGUCUGCGGUUACCAUAACUUUGCCAAGAAUGUGUGUUGUCUCCGUUGCGGUGCCAGCCGAGCUGGAGCUGCCGUGGUCGCCGACUCUGGCUACCCCUCGCCCAUGGAUGGUGGUUCGAACUAUCCCAUGAGCCAGGCGUCGAUGGGUAAUGCUCCCGGCCAUGGCCCCUUCGCUUCUCCCGCCGCCAGCUAUGCCUCCGGCGGUAACUACGGCGGUCAGCACUUUGGCGGGCCCCCUAGCACCUAUGCCCUUCCUUCUGGCAUUGGAGGAGGCGCUGCUCCCUACCCGUCGUUGAAUACUCACUUCGGCCCCAGCCCCGGCUCCCACUCUGCCGGCCCUUUCGAUAGCCGUGCCGCUGAGGCUGCUUUCCAGUCUGCCUCUAACGGCCCCGCCUCUGCUGGCCCAUCCAAUAAUUUCUAUAACCAGGGCGAGAACGACCCUUUCUCCUUCCUCUCUAGCGGUAUGGGUGGCCUCUCUGUGAGCAACGAGUCCCGCCAGAACGGUGGUGCCGCCCCCAGCAAGUCUCCCGCCUAA